GCGAGAAAGACUUUCUCUCCGUAGAGUUUCACUGAGUUUACAUCCGGGUUUUUUCCCUAGGCAAUGGGAGUCGCAGCACCGCCGUUCCUUAGGCAAAGUGAAAUAAAUUCGCCGCACCGACACAAAAAGUAGUCCGCUCACCGAAUAGCCUUUCUGUCCGGCUCGGUUUUAUGAUCGGUCCGUUUUAACGAACUUUGGUGCCGAACUAAGCCGGUAUCAAACGCUUCGCGGCGGAUUGGGGAGGUUUUUGUGGGCCGCGGUUUAGUUUUUGUGCCCCCUUCCUCCAGCUUGGCGGCGCAGGGAUCUGUGUUGUGCUGAGGCUGAGCUGAAUGAGAUUGAAGAAGAGUUCUUCUUGUUUUGUAGCUUCAGUUUCUCUGUUUUUACUCGUUUUUUUUACUCCAACAGCAGAACAAAGUGCAGUUCUGCGGGCAGGAGGCGGCCUGACUCCCGCUCAGCUGUGGCUCCACCGUGGAUCGGCUGCGGGGAGGAAAAUAUUUAAUUAAUCUGGAGGAGGACUGCUGCUGAGGCAGCACAGAGGGGUGGAGUCCAGUCCCACAGCCAGGUGCGGCACUUUAAUGCUUCAGUUGGAUGGUUUUCCUACUGGAGAAGGUGUUCAGGCUGAUCGAUCGGCUGGCAGACUGACUGGAUCCAUGAUGGAACUACAGACGCUACAGGAGGCUCUGAAGGUGGAGAUCCAGAUCCAUCAGAAACUGGUGGCUCAGAUGAAGCAGGACCCGCAGAACGCAGAUCUGAAGAAGCAACUCCACGAACUCCAGGCAAAGAUCACAGCACUCAGCGAGAAGCAGAAAAAGGUGGUGGAGCAGCUGAGGAAGGAGCUGCUGGUGAAGCAGGAACCAGAGGCCAAACUGCAGCUGCAGGUUCAAACUGCUCCAGUAGGGGGCGACCUGAAGCCGACCAACCUGCUGCAGAGCCAGCAGAUACCUGGAGGACUGCAGCAGACGCUGACGGUCACGCCGGUCCUCACCGCCAAGACCCUGUUGCUCAAAGCCGCCGCCACGCCCGCCCUGCCCGGCGCCAUCCUGUCGCAGCGUCCGCCCACUGUCGCUAUGGUAACCACAGCCAUCACCAAGCCCGACUCGCAGAGCGUCCCCAUCAACCUGCAGGUGGCCAGCCGGCUGACCAAUCAGAGCUCGGAGCCCGUGCGGCUGGUGUCCAAGAAUGCCGUGGUGCUGCAGGCCACCACCACCUCCUCCUCCGCCCAGCCAAUCAGAGUUCCUCAGUUUGUCCCUCCUCCUAGACUGACGCCUCGGCCCACCUUUCAGCCACAGGUCAGGCCGAGGCUGGCCACACCCACCAACGUCCCCAUCGCCCCGGCCCCUCCCCCGCCCAUGAUGGCGGCCCCCCAGCUGCUACAGAGGCCCGUCAUGCUGGCCACCAAGCUGGCGACCUCGGCUGCGCCCAUCCACCAGGUCCGUAUCGUGAACGGGCAGCCGUGCGGCAAGACGGGCGCCACCCCGCUGACCGGCAUCGUCAUCACCACGCCUGUCACUGCCACGCCUACGCGGCUUGCAAGCCCCGCCCAGGCGCUGACUAAUCCCGCCCCUCUCCCCGUUCCCCCGCCUCCAGCUCCGCCCAUCCAGAUCAGCAGCCUGAUCUCUGAACCCAAGCUCUUCAUCUCUCCAAACCUUAACCUGCUGUCGUCACCUUCCUCCUCCUCCUCCUCCUCAUCCUCCUCUCAGCAGACUGUUAAACUGGAAGCAGCAGAACAGAAAGCCGCGGUCAGCCUGCCGUCCUCCUCCACUCCGCCGCUCUCUCCACCUCCUCGACCCAAAAAGGAGGAGAACCCCGAGAAACUGGCCUUCAUGGUGUCUCUGGGCCUCGUCACACACGACCACCUGGAAGAGAUCCAGAGCAAACGGCAGGAGAGGAAGAGGAGAACGACGGCCAACCCGGUGUACAGCGGAGCCGUUUUCGAGCCCGAGAGGAAAAAGAGUGCAGUGAGUUACCUGAACAGCCCUCUGCACCAGGGGACCAGGAAGAGAGGUCGCCCACCCAAAUUCAGCAGCGUCCCGGAGCUGGGCAGCCUCACCCCGACCUCCCCCUCCAGCCCCGUCCGUCCCCUCCCCCUGCCCAGCCCCGGCUCUGGGGACGGAGACAUCCACGAGGAUUUCUGCACUGUGUGCAGACGCAGUGGCCAGUUGCUCAUGUGCGACACGUGUUCUCGUGUUUAUCACCUGGACUGCCUGGAUCCACCCCUGAAAACCAUUCCUAAAGGCAUGUGGAUCUGUCCAAAAUGCCAAGACCAGAUCCUGAAAAAAGAAGAAGCCAUUCCCUGGCCCGGCACCCUGGCUAUCGUUCAUUCCUACAUCGCAUACAAAGAAGCUAAAGAAGAGGAGAAGCAGAAGCUGAUGAAGUGGAGCUCGGAGCUGAAACUGGAGCGCGAGCAGCUAGAACAGAGAGUCAAGCAGCUCAGUAACUCCAUAACGAAGUGCAUGGAGACCAAAAACACCAUCCUGGCUCGUCAGAAGGAGAUGCAGCUUUCCCUGGACAAAGUCAAGCAUCUCAUUCGCCUCAUCCAAGCCUUCAACUUCAACCAGGCCCUGGCGGAGACGGAGGGAAAGGACGUCCGGGUGCAGGACGGCGCUCGGGUCGUUGUCGGCUCUGGAGCUGCAGCUGAAGUCGGUGCGACGGGGAAGCCGGUGGUGAGCAGCUCUCUGGUCAGCAGCAAACAGGAGGAGCAGCAGACAGAAGGAGCAGCAGCAGCAGGAGGGGGAGGAGGAGGAGCAGGAGGAGGAGACGGCGGCAACAGCACAGUGCUGACUAACUGCCCCGCUGCUGGGGCAGGGGUUGCGCCGGGGUUAGGGGGUCACACAGAGACCACUCCUUGUGUGGAGGUUCAGCCCAAGCCUGAGACUGAGGCAGCUCCUGCGGCUCCUGCAAAGGUUGCCACCACCAACGGUACGACGGAGCCGCCGCCAUGCCCUGCCCACAGCCCUGCCGCCGCCACUGAGAACAAGAUAUCUGCUGUGAACCCUGCAGAGACGGCGGUGGAGAAGAAGCAGGAGGAGCUCAGCGACGGCAGCAACAACAGCAAAACCUCAGAACCCUCCCAGCAUUCUUUGCCAGCUCUGCUUAGCAGUUUGGACGAUAAAAAGUAACGCUGUGUCCUUGUGGCUGCAGGAAGUCAAACAUAUAUAUUAAAAAAAGAAAAAAAAGACCUUUGCUUGCACCGCACGGUGCCCUGAAGUUGCCAAUCUGUAUAAAUGUUGUUUGUUUGCAUUGUAUUGUCAGACUGUGUCAAUGGUAGAUGUACAGCCCAAGUCACGUGACUCUGGGAAGACCCGGGUCAUCAUGCCAAUUAGUGAUAGACGUCAUGGAGGGAACACUCAAAGGAAGAUUUUCUUCAUCAUCACACCGGUGUGUGCCUGUUACAGUGGCCCCUGUGUUCUGUUGACGGCUCCAAGGAGAACCCAGAACAUGGAACCAAACAUCUGUCGGGGGGAGCUGGUCCAAGAAGCAGUGUUGUAAACGUUUGUGUACUGAAAAGAGAACCUGUUCGCGUCCUCGUCCCGGCGACCCUGAUGGGAACGGCGCUCAACAGUCUGAGUUCUCGAUUAAUUUCCUCACCUGAAACCAAACCAGAACCCAGUCAGGACCGUUCCAACCCGAAGGCUUCAGUUUGAUUCAAGCUGUCAUCACAAAACAAAUUUGAUGAAGCAAAUGUGACCAUGAAGUGUGUUUUCAAAACUUGAUGUUUGUCACCCAUUACUUCUCUAGUCUGCUCUCACCAGGCCCCACCCACUUUUCAGUCAGACUCCGCCCAUAUUCUGCAUCAGCUCAGUUUAAAUUUGAUUAGGUGAAAAGUUAUGACACACCCUUUAGUUCAGGAGGAGUUGCAAACAUUUUACUUUUUGGUUUUAUAUGAAAAACUAAAUGAGUCAAACACAUGAAGCCACUCCAGCCUUUUGUAGAUCUUUAGAAAAGUGUUGGGACUGAUCAUGAAUUUAAAAACCGAAGUCAAAUGCCUUAUUGGAUUACUUAACUCAAGGAUGUCCAAAAUGUGGCCAGGGUGCCAUUUGUGGCUCUUGAUAUUAUUUUGUCUGCCCCUUGACUUCAAGUCAAGAAUGGUAAAAAAUCUGGCCUACAAAAUAGAAAACAAUUGAUGAGCCAAACAAAUUGGCAUUUGUCAGUUCUUCUUUUAAUAAGAAACUGGUUCAAAACCUAUUUUAUGUUUUGGAUUUUUAAUAUUAUAUAGAUUUAAUUAAAGUGUUAUUUAUUUUUUGUAGGUAAAACUAAAUAAAGUUGCUAUAAACUAGUUUUUGUAUUUUAAAUUUAAUGAAUUUUGUGGCCAGCCAGUAGUUUAAAUUUGCUAGUUUUGAUCCCCAGGACAUUACUAGUGCAGGAAGUCCAAACCAUAUAUUUCCAAACUUUUAUCUUCAGCUUAAGUUUUGACUUGAGCACAGUUUGUUGAGUUACUUCCUCUUUAUAGGGGAUUUCACCUUGUCAAAAAGUUCAGAGAACAUUUCAGGGCCCCCAAAGGUCCCACCAACCAGUGAAGGAAAGUCUAAUGUAGAUCCAGAACUGGAUUUCCUUUAAAAGUGAACUCGCACUGAGUCGCAAAGUUCCUUUGAGUCAUACUGAAGCCUUUGAAACUUCAAAUUAAUCCAAAAAUAGUCCAACUCUGUUGACCCUAUCACCCACCAUCAUCACCUUCCUUGCAGUCCUAGGUUUUGUACCAGGGUCUCCCAAUGAAGGCUGGGUGCAGCCCUCUGGUAGACUGUUGUUCCCUGAUGGACUCUGGGUUGAACCCCGAUUUGGUCCCGGGAUGAGGACGAACAGGAGCGGAAGCCUAACAGAUGUUUUCAGUGGUGUCGGUCAGUGUAGUGAUUGAGUUUUCAUUCGUGAGUCGUGUGUAUGAGCGUGUGUGUGUGUGUGUGCGUGAGCAUGUGUGUGUGUCAACUGUGAGCACUAAAUGUGAAUUUGCAAUAUUGCAACGUCAACACACACAAACUCUAUCUGGGCUGUUUGUUUUUUAUAGGAAAAGAUAUUCAGGUCUUCCUAGUCUCCAGAAUAAGUGCUUUCUGUUCCUGAACCUGCUGGACUGGCAUCAUCAUCAUCACCAUUGCCGUCGUCGUCGUCAUCGCCGCUGCCGCCGCUGGGUGGUGGUGAUCGUUUGAAUCCUGAACUGCCAAAAUCCUGAUGAUGUUUCCAAAUUCAGCAGGGACUUGUCCUCUUACUGUCCUCGAAGAUCAAAUCAUCGGAAAGAUUCAGAUGCAAAGUCCCGGCCGAGACAGGAGAGCGUUGGGAACAAUAACCACAGCAGGACGGGUUCCCGUCCGGAGAAACGGAGGGAUCUGUUGGAGGUUAAAGGACGACCACACAAUUCCUGAGAUUAAAGCACAAGCUUGCUGCAUUACAAAGAAGUGCUGAAGAGCUUUUUGUACGUUCCCGUGGAGUUAAACAGAGUAUGCAUCUCUUCAUUGUCGUGUGACUUCCCCUUACAUUGCCAAUAUUUCCCCUCGGUGUGACUCUGAGGCUGGAGUCUGAUUAGGAGUUUGUCCCACUGAGUCAGGCUUGGAGCCGGAACAUGAAGCCGAUGGUUAUCGGAGCAACUGAUUGGAACAUUGACGAGGUGAAUAGAGAUUAAAGUUGCCUCCAUUUAUGCUGGAGACUUUAGUUUUACUUGGGGUUCCUUUGGUUCUCCGAUGUGCUCACUCCUUCCUGAAUGCGAGGAAAUGUUUCAGACGUUUUUUUAGGAGAAUUUCCUCUGAAAAUUCUUUUUGUUACACAAAAUCAGUCCAGAAGUAUAUAUCGCCAACUCAAGUCCACAAGAGCUACUGUCCUGCUGUAACUUGGAUCCAUCCCUGCUCCAACACGCCUGAAUUGCCUCCUUACCUUGUCAUAAAGUACUGCUAUGGUACUUUGUACCUCGAGUUAACGAGACAUUUGUCUGUUUCUGGUGUCUUAGAGCAGGGAUGCAUCUAAAGUCGAACUUGAGGACUGGAGAUACGCCUUGUUUCCAUUGAGUGGUGUGGUUAGGGACACUAUUUGGUCUGUUUGAACCGACUUGUACCACAACAUUCCUAGGCUCCCUUCAGUUGUAGGUCUAUGGGACAAUAGGGCAGAGAUAAUUGUGUCACACCACAGUCCAUUUGGAGGAUAUGUGAUAAGCAUGAGACUUACUAGUAAGUCAUAUUUGUUGUUGCCUUGUAAUAUUGUGUUUAGGGUUUAACCCUGCCAGUCCAGGGUGAGUCCAAUUGGCAAUGGAAACAAUCCCUUGAGAAUGCCGGUCCAUUGUUUGGGGGACACGAGAAAUACUAGCUAAUCACAUUUGUCAUUGCACUUGUAUGAGGCAGUAUUAGACAUUUCUGUUUGAUCCCACCUGUCUGGUGAGAGUCCAACUUGUGGAGGGAACGCUCUUGAAUAUAUCUGGUGAUCAUGCCUCAGUGUAAACAAGGCAAAAGAGGCAUCCCUGCUCCAACACACCUGAAUUACUUUCUUAGCUAGUCAUAAAGUACUGCAGAGGCCUAGUAACAAGUCAUUUGUUUGAUUUUGGUGUCUUGGAGAAGGGAUGCAUAUGAAGUUGAAGUUGAGGACUGAAGUUAUAAAUCGUUACCACAUAGUGGUGCAGUUUGGUAUGCUUUUUUUCUGUUUCCAAUGAAAAAGCAGCCCAUAAAAUCAGUCCGUACUGCACCAUUCCUGGACUCCCUUCAGUUGAAGGUAUAUGGGACAAUGACACUGUUAUGGUGGAGCUACUGGUGUGAUACAGUCCAUUGAUUGGGGGACAGAAAAAACAUCAUUGCUCGAGACAUACUAGUUCUCAACGUUGGGCAGUUGGAUUUAACUUUCUCUGCCCAGUGAGAGUCCAGCUGGUGUUGGAAACACUCUCCAUCAUGGAUAAACAAGACAAUAAAAUGGCAUACUGGACCGUACUGACCAAUACCAUACCGCCCAAUGAAAGCGGGGCGCUAGAGACCCCACCUCUAAGCUCAACAGACAAAUAUCCCAACACUUCUUGGAUUGCUGCUCUCCCAGAAAAGACCCGUUUCCUCUCAUGAUGGUGGGUGUGAGCUCUUGUUUGGGUGGUGUUCUGUUGCGGGCGUCUUACUUUUUAUUUAAAUUCAUAUCAUGCAGACUCUUGUGAGUGAAUCGGCAUAUCCCAAUGGCACCUGGUUUUCUCCCAUCAGCUGCACAGACUGCCUUCAUUCCAAACACCCCAGAGAAAUAUGUGUGUGUGGAGGGUGUGUGUGUGUGUGUUGGGUGUGUCCUGUAGAGUUCAGCUGAUCUGACGGGGAUGACCCAGACAGGAAACCCAAGUGUCCCCGCUUCCUUUUGGGUCCCACUUGUCAUGUUUAAAUCUCCAUUGGGUGGACGUGAUUCUCAUUCCGACCCGUAGAUCCUAUCGGUCAUCAGGUCUCUGGAUCCUUCCCUCUGUACAGUAGGUACCUCUGAGUGCCUUUCUUCAAACAGCAGAUAAUACUUGUCUCUUGACUUGCACUGUGACUCGUAAAACUUAACAAAAUCCUCCGGGAUCGCCCCCCACCUGACACCGAGCCCUGUCCACAAUAGCCCCGCCCCAGAGGAAGCUGCGCCCCACUCCGCAGGCUGCCAGGAGUCGAUGCAAGCUCGUCACUUCACACCAACACGUUUGAUUUGACCACAUAGUGUUCUGUUGUCCAUCCCUAGAAGUUGCCUUAUAUGUAUUUUAUUUUCUGGUGAAAUGUUCAGAUUUCGGGUCAUAGGGGGUGGGGUUUGUGCAGAGGCAGUCUGACAUCUCACUCUGAUCCGUUUGUCAUGCACUUUUAGUUUGAUCAGUAUUAUCAGAGAUGGGUUAUGUUUUAUUCUGAAAAGCCCCCCCGCCCUCUUUCUUCCCGUCUCUUAUUUUGGAGGAGGGAUGAGUUUGCAGGAUCAGGUCACAUGACCCGGAAUGCAUUUCGGAUGAACAAACCUGAGCCCAGCCAGCAUGACCUGUGCUCGCUGUGGUGCAGCACAUGCCUUCUUAUGCAAGUUUUUAUACCAACCUUUUUUAUUAUGCAUUGCUUCGGUUUUUUUGUUUUUAUGUGAAACUUAAGUCACCUUUUUUUCUGUUUUUCUCUGAACAUUCUGGCAUCUCGAUGCCAAACGUGUGCAUGUGUUUACACAUUCAGGUAGCCAUUCAGGGUGGGUUUUCCCGGACAGUGCCGAGAGGUUUGCUUUUAUUAUGGGGGGAGGGAUUCUGUUGCAGUACUGCGAGUGACCACCGGGGGGCGGAGUGGAGCGAGAGUUUGGCGCCAUCUCGGCUCUCCUUUUAGCUUAGCUUUUAUUUAACUCUGCCGUUGCUGGGUGGAAACGGGGCGUUGAGAUCUAAAAUGCUCCUUAAUUGAAGUCUGGAAGCAAAUAUAUCCAAAGAACUCUGCAUAUCAUCGUGGUGUGAGUUUUCUGCGUCGUCCAUCGACGGUUUGUGGGGCUUCCGCGUGGGUCCUGGGGAGGAGGUUUGCUUUUCAUCUUUCGGUUUUAAAGCGAUCAAGUCAUGAUUGUGGCCUUCUAGUAUUCUGUGGGUUCAUGACGUCAUUCACCUGUUGUUCCCGCUCAGCAUCCAUCCAUCCACCCAUUUAUCCCGUCUGGAUCCUCUACACCUGCAGCUUCUUACCUCAUCCACAGCUGAGUCCAUCGGGGGUGUGUUGAGUGCAAAAAAUCUGAAAAAUACUACAAAAAAAAAAUAAAAUACAAAAAAAAGAAUCUAAAAAAU